UCUCGCCGGGGCUCAUUUGCCCCGCUGAUAAGAAAUUGGUGAGUAUAUCACAAAAUUUACUCGUGUCAACAGUCGGUUUACCUGCAUAUAAAUUAUAUAAAUUGGCUAAUAAAGUUACUAAAAAACAAGUGCAUGUACCUAGCGGUGGCCCUGAUUAUUAUAAUCGCAAGCUUGGUUCGAUUACACAUUCGUAAUGGGCCCUCAAGAAUUACUUGUAUUGGCGAUAAGCAUCGUAGGCACCCUGGGGUUUAUCCCCCAUGGUUCUAUUGGGGAAAAGGACCACAUACUAACAGAGGCUUUGCUUCGUGAAGUUAUGGAACGUAUGGGCAAGGACUUCAACGAUGCUGCAUCAAGUUACCUAGAGUUCCCGUCGAGCGACCGCCACCUCGCGUUGAUGGCGCGCGCCAACAAGGACCUAGAGAACGAGCAGCUCGAUUACGACUCGCUCAUAGACGGCAACCCGAACCCGAGCCUCCGCGACCAAGAGUACCUGCAGCACAGCUCGUUGUGGGGGCACCAGUACGUAACCGGUGGCGCUGGCGAGGGUGAACAGCGUCUCCAGCCAUCAGGAGUCGUGCCCAACAGGCAAAUGAUCAAGACAGACGCCGUUUUGCCCGCAUACUGCAAUCCCCCGAACCCGUGUCCCGUGGGAUAUACUGAAGAUCAGGGCUGCAUAAGUGAGUUCGAGAACACUGCAGCGUUCAGCCGAGAGUACCAGCUAUCUCAACGAUGCAUGUGCGACGGGGAACACAUGUUCAGCUGCCCGCCUGAAUCCUCCUCCGACCUUGACCUCCGUUUCCCGGAACAUCACAAGAAUCUCGUUGCCAAGAAAUAUAAGCCCGAUGUCGAGAACCCGUACUUGACAGGCGAGCGUCUGCCGAUCGCCGCCAAAAAGGGUUUUGAUGUUAACGUGUAUUAAUUGUGUGUAGUUAUAUAAAAUUAGUGUCUAUUUUAAAAUUGCUCAGAGUAAUUACGCUCUAAGUGUCAUCUCUAUGAUUAUCUUUGUGAAUUAUCUGUGUCGGAGAACUAUUGCAACCUCAUUUGAAAUAAGUUCUCUCUUUUUUUUAAGAAAACAGCUUCUAUAAUUAUUUAAUUUUUAAUCUAAUAUUUAAAUCAUUUAAAUCUGAAACUAAACUAAAAAGUACCAUAAACUUAUAUAACAAAGAGUAUUACACCAAAUUUUACUAUUAAAUUGGAAUGCGUAUGGUAAGUAUGGAAUGGUAUGAAUAGGUAAGCACGUCAUUUCGAGUGAAUAAAAUUAGGUACACAAUUUAGAAUUUGGAAACAUAACUACAAAAUAUUCAUUAUUUUAUUACAUUAUCUAAAUUUUUUAUUAUAAAACUAGUCCAACUCUAAAUAUACUAUCGGGACUUAACACGAUGAAAAAUUUGCAGGUAAAUAGUACCUACAUACCUGCUUUAUUGCCGACGUUUCGACGUAGAUUGCACCAAUUCUAAUUAAGUAACAUUUUUUUUUUUAUAUUUUCUUUAACAAAAGACCUAAAACCAAUUUUGAAAUGUCAUUCUGUAAACUGUCCAAAAAUGCUCUAAUUUCUAGAAAUAUGUCUUGAUAAUGAUAUAUUAAAAUCGAUCUCGAUGUGUAGAUAUUGUAUUAGGUCCAAAACAGUAAGUACAUAACAACGUAGAUGUUUAAUAAAAAAAUCUUUCGGAAGAAUCAUCUCGUAUAACUACUAGUGAACUUCCUCGCAGGUAAGUUCUUUUAAUAGUUAAAUGUAUUAUAAAUGUCUAAUAAUUUGAAUUAAAUUCAAAUUAUUUAAAUUAUAAUAUGUAUUCCUAUGUAGAAGUGUAAUAAUAAUAUUAUUUGCAGAUAAGUGGUCGUAAUUAUAAUGCCAUCUAUAUGUAUACUCGUGUGUAUAUUUCACUUUAAUUUAAUCAAUUUCUAAACGAUGAAGCUGUGAAUUUUGUUAGAUGUAAAUAUAUUUGCUGAAUUUGUAGACGUUUGAUUUUUAAUAAUCAAAUAAUUUAGUGAUGAUUAGCAAAUAUGCUUUUAAAUGUAUUUAUUUUGUCGAUAUAAAAUUGUCUAUAUAUAAUAAUUAUUAUAUAUUUUAAACAUAAAGCUAUAGUCUCUAAACCAAUAUAUUUUUAAGUAAUUUAUAAGUUAUUUUAAACUACAUUUUUAUAGUAAUUACUCAUAAAACAUAAAAAUAUUUUUUGGUAUAAUUGAAAAGCCAUCUUUCCAACUAGGAAGACGUAUAAGUCAAAUUAAUCACAAAGACGAUCUAAUAAAUCGAAUAUAUGAUAAGUACUACACUUACCAUCAUAGUUUCAUAAUUAUAAUGUUUUUGUCUAUGAUAUUUAACCAAUUUUUGAAGUCUUUUAAUUAACGACUUCCAGUUUCCUAAGUAACAAUGUGAAUAUCUGAUAAUGGACUCCAGUUGAAACUGAUAAAUGAUUAGAAAUAUUUAUAUACAAGUAUUCAUUUAAUCCUAGAAUUUUAAUCAGAUGUUUUGAUGAGUAGUGGGUUCUAUAAUUAAUAUCCUUGGACAAAGUUAUAAAACCAUAAAGGCAAGUCUAAACGAGAUAAAACGUAAAUUAUAUCAAAAUAGCUUCAAAUUGUGUAUUUCAAUUAACAUGAUUAACAACGGCUAUAGAAAAACUAAUUUAAUCAAAAUAAUAAUUUCUGAAUUCUUUUUUUUUUUAUAUCUCUGUUUCCUCUAAAAUCCCUCAUUGAUAAACCGAUUUGGAAAAUUCUACUUUUAUCUGAGAGUGAAUAUUUUCAGGUUAGUUUCAUAGAAACUUCAUCAAAAUCGUUUCUUUACUUCAAUUUUUAAAUCAAGAUAACUUAUUUUGCCAUAAUUGAGGUCGGUAUUUUUUCAAAAAAUAAAAUCUCAAAUUAUUUACAAUAUCUGAUUGGUAGAUAUAUGUUUAUUAAACAAAAUUAACACUGAAAUAGUCAUGGGUAGUUAUGAGAAAAAAAAAAUUAUAAUGUUACCUUUCACAUUUAUUAUUGUUAAUAUUAAUUGUAUGAUAUAUCCCUAAAUUUUUUUAUAAUAUAAAAAAAAAUAUGAAAACUGUAAUUAAUUGAAUUCUAAUGAAAAAUGUAAUUAUUUUGACAAGUAUUAAUAUAUAUUUAGUUAGUAAGAUACCAUUAGGUAGUAUAUAAUAUGAACAUACAUAAAUGGCUACGUGUACUUAGUACAUAAUUAAUUAUACACGAUAUAAUUAAGUUGUACAAACUCAAAUAUGGACUAGGUACUUAUAUUCAUACCUGUAGUGUGAAUAACUACUUUAGAUAUAGUUAUAUUUAAUUAAUAAUUAGUAGACAUUCCCCCUAAUGUAUUGGUUGAUAACCAUUAGGUUUCAAUUAUUAUUACAUCAAAAAACGAAACUAAAUUAUUUUGUACGAAUAAUUCCAUUUUGUCUUUUUUCGAAAUUCAACUUUGAAUUUAACAAAUAUUGAGUACCUAUAAAAUUAUACAUAAAUCGAAUUAGGAAAGGCGGUAAUAUAUUUUUUGUAAAGCAAAAUUUUUUUACCGUGUAAAAAAAUUUAGCUUUUGUGGGGUAUUUAAAAUCAUAAAAUGAGCCAAAUCCGAGCUGAAGAUCCAGAGCUCCACAAAGUAAGCCCCCUCCCUCUUGAUUACUAUUAUUUGCUAUCCUUUACUGCCUAGGUACAUAUUCUAUAUGCCUUUUACGUUCCGCGACAAAGUCAGAUAAACAAAACUAUAGUGACUAUCGUGAGUCAUACUAUAUUGUAAUUAUUUAUGUCGGGCAUUCCCGAAUUUAAAACGUGAGUAAAACCGACAUAAAUAUAAUCAAUACUAUAGUAUGUAAACAUGGACUCGUUAAUGCGUCAACGUGAAUACCGCGUUUAUGUUUCAAAAUUGCUUAACUUAGACAAAAAAAGACAUGUGGAAAAUCGCCAACAACUUGAUUGUUAACGUUGACGCAGAUGUUAAAAAAGUAUUUAGAAGUAACUAAUAUAACAUCCAAUAUGGUAUCUGAUCGUUUAAUACGACACAGACUCUCUAAGAAAUAGUCCAACUGAACAACAAUAUAGAGCACAGAAGAAGAAUCCAACAAGCUGUAAUCUUCUUGACGAUGAUUACCACAAUCAUCACUUUAAAUGUGAACAUUAACAUGAAUAUCACAAAUUGUAUUUGUAAGAAACAUGGUAGUCCAUGUGUUGACAGGACUCCUCCCUAUAAGGACUGAGAUUAAUCCUUAACUGAUACUUCUUAAGUCAAAGAUUCCAUUAAGUGACAUUAGUAGACCCUGAAAAGAAGACAGCACUAUCAUGAAUGCAAUCGGUCAUAUUCUAAGGCUAAUAUAAUGUCAAGAACAAGGAACAUAAAUAAACAUUUAAUAUAUAAAAUGUAAGACUCUAUGGCAAUCCUAGGGGGGGGAAGUUGGUUAGGAUAAAUGGAACGGACUAAAUUUUUACAAAUAUAUCAGCGAUUUAAAAAAAAAUUGUACUUUGAUAAUAAAUCAUUAUCGAACGAUAAAAUUAAAGUGUUAUAAGUUCUAUUUUCUUAUUAUUACAAAAUGGUCUUGAUCUUAACACACCUUUUAGUAUAAGUAGCAGUAGUAUCUAAAAGAUAGGUAUUUACCAUCAACUUGAAGUGUCCGAGGUUUUAUUUCUCUAGAAACGACUAAGUGGAAAUAAUUAACAAUAUCUAUGAGACCUAGAAUAGAAAUAGCGUAAUGAAGUUGAACUACAUACUUUUCUAAAGAACUGUCCUAGUGUAAUGAAAAAAAAAUGCAAAGUAAAAGAGUAUAAUAAAUAAAAAAGUACAGUUUGUCAACCUUUACAUUAGAUGAGAAUUAAAAAUAAGAUUAUAUCUAAUAUCGUCAGAUGAGGUAUUAAAAAGUA